CUCCCCCUCCCCACUGCCUCCACUGUGUAGCUUGGCAAUGCAGGCUGUGAGGCUGAAGGCAACCUCAUUGCAUGGAGAGAGAGAGAGAGAGAGAGAGAGAGAGGCUUUCCCAGAAUAGAGAAGUAGGAGGAGGUGAGAGGGAUGAUGAUGGAAGCCAGCUUUGACACUGAGGAGAGUUUUGACGAUCCCUCCUGUCUCACCCCGCAGCCCCCCGGCUCUCUGUCGCCGGCAAAGAGGCAGAUCAAGGAGAUCAAGGAGACCAAGACGACUAUCAACUGUGUGACAUUCCCUCUUCCUGGAGAAGGUCCGGAGCAACAGCUCCUCAAACCCAACGAAUGGAGCUACUGCGAUUACUUCUGGACGGACAAGAAAGACCCGCAGGGCACCACCUCAGUGGCCGGCUUCGAGGUGCUUCUGCAGAAGCAGUUUAAAGGCAAACAGAUGCAGAAAGAGAUGGCAGAGUUCAUCCAUGAGAGGAUAAAGAUUGAGGAGGAAUAUGCUAAAAACCUCUCCAAGCUGUCUCUGAGCCCGCUGGCAGCACAGGAAGAAGGGACCCUUGGCGAGGCCUGGACUCAGAUGAAGAAGAGUCUCCAUGAUGAGGCCGAGGUUCACCUCAAGUUCUCCAACAAGCUUCACACUGAGGUGGAGAAGCCUUUGCUGACAUUCAGGGGCGACAACUUCAAGAAGGACCUGAAAAAGUACGACCAUCACAUCGCCGACCUCAGGAAGCAGCUGGCCAGUCGCUACGCCAGUGUGGAGAAGGCCCGCAAAGCGUUGGCAGACAGGCAGAAGGAUCUGCAGGUGAAGACCCAACAGCUGGAGAUUAAACUCAGCAACAAGACCGAGGAGGACAUAAAAAAGGCGAGGCGAAAAUCCACACAAGCAGGAGAUGACCUGAUGCGCUGCGUGGAUCUGUACAACCAAACUCAGUCCAAGUGGUUUGAAGAAAUGGUCACCACCAGCAUGGAGCUGGAGAAGCUGGAGGUGGAACGGAUCGAGUGGAUUCAGCAGCACUUACGCCAGUACACGACUCUGCGGCACGAAACCGACAUGUUCAACCAGAGCAUGGUGGAACCAGUCGACCAGCUGCUACAGAACGUGGAUCCGGCCAAAGACAGAGAAAUGUGGGUGAAGGAGAACAAAACCGGCAAGGUUCGUCCCGUGGACAUGGACAUAUAGGCCGUCCUGAGCUGAGAUCAGCCAUUCUGUCUUCAGUAUUCUAACAUGUCCACUAAGUCCCAGUCAGAACACAUUUAUGACACUGAUCCAGGGACAGUGCAUGUUCAGACUACUCAGGUCUGCUCCUCAUCUGGGCGCAGAGCUUCAGUCCUGGAAGCGGUCACGGAUAAGUACCAGCAUGUUCCUCCUCAAUUUAAACCUUAUCAUAUUCUACAUUAUCCUAUUGAAUGCCAUUUAACAUAUUCUGCUGUUUACCUGUUGUAAAGUUGAGCCUAUUAAAAAAACAUAUUUUAAAUUAUUUACUUUAUCUUUGAUCUCCACAUCGGCAGUUUGACUGAACCAAACAAAGACGUCUGAUUAUUGAUAUUAACUUUAUUUUAGAUACAAAUAUUGAAG